ACCCUUUCUUAAACCCUAAAACCCAAAACCCUGUUGUUAUUCCUCUCUUCCCACCUUUGCAUAGAAAAAAUGGCUCUUACAUCCACCAUCAGAAAAUCCGCCUACUCACUUUGCCCCUUAGCGGGUCGUCUCUUUCGGGGCCAACGACUUUACAGUACUUCCAUCUUCAAUUCCUCGAACAAUCGCUUCAAUCUAUGUUCCCGGCCGUUUUUGGGUACCUCGGUGAGUUAUUUCCGAGAUUUUUCGUCGUUGAAGCGCCCAAGUUCCGAUGAGUCUCUCAUUCGGGUCAUUGACUCCGAGAUCAAAUGCGCCUUGGAGACUGACGACCACAAUCGGGUUGAAGAGGUGCCCCAGGGAUUCCCAUUUGAGAUUCAAGAUAACCCUGGUUUGCAAACUAUAACUUUGAAAAGAACAUAUCAAGAUGAAGUCAUUAGUGUUGAAGUUCACAUGCCUGAUUUGGUUACUGGUCAAAGUGCUGACGACGACGACGACGACAAUGAAGAUGGUGGUAGUAAGGCAAACCAGUCUAGUAUCCCAUUGGUCGUUAGUGUCUCUAAGAAAACCGGACCUUCCCUAGAGUUUAGUUGCAGCGCUUACCCUGAUGAGAUUUCCAUUGAGAGCUUGAUUGUUAAACAUCCAGAGCAUUCUGAGGAUCAAAUAACCUAUGAAGGCCCUGAUUUCCAUGAUUUGGAUGAGAAUCUCCAGACGGCUUUCCAUAAGUACUUGGAGAUUAGAGGUAUUAAACCGAGCACAACAAACUUUUUGCACGAGUACAUGAUCAACAAAGACAGCAAAGAGUAUUUGAUAUGGCUGACGAAACUCAAGAGCUUUGUUGAAGCGUAAGCGUAAACUUCUAUAGCCAAUGGAUCAGUUCCUCUCUUUGUUCAAGUGUGAUACAACUUUCAACUUCAAUUGCUUGUUUCUUUUCUGCCAGAAUGAACAUUUGUCAUGUAAUUUUUCUGUACUUUAUAGGAAAGUAGGCUAUUAUUCUAGUAUUUCAUAUUUUUAAUGAAUAUCGCAAUUUUGAAA